AGCCAGCGGACAGCAUGAUCUUACUGUACCUUCCAGCAUGGAACAUCAAGUCGGUGUGACGUCUGCAGCAGGUCACCAGAAAUACAAACCAAAGGAUCCAUCAUCCCUUGCAAGUGCCUCUGCCUCUGGUAAAGCAUGUUCUGGUUCACAUUACAAUGCUGACCAGGAUCAAAACAAUGACAGAACUGCGAUUUUAGUGAGCUCACCUGCAGCAAAUGAUACUGAUACAGAUUCUGAUGGUCCCAUUACGGCAGACACCAGCCCAGACUAUGUCCCUGAGUCAGAGUCUUCUGACGAAGACUCCCAUGGUGGCAGGGAUUGGAAAAGAUUGUCCCGCGAGCGCAUCCGGCAUUACAUUGCUACGGACCCUAUGCGUUACUUGGGCAUUGGCAAACACAACAUGUUUGUUUUGAAUAAGAUAGCCCAGAAACUGGACUUCAGAGAGAGCCGCGGAGGCAUCACAAAGUUAGAUAUUGUCUUCAUGAUUCUGAUGCGUAUUAGGACUGACCGCCAGUAUCAUUUUCUGGCUGACGAUUUUGGUAUUUCUGAGAGCUUUGUCUCUCGUGUCAUCUCGGCAUACCUCCCUGUCGUGGCCAGCUGUUUACGGGGUUGCAUAAGGUGGCCAGAGAGCAGUGAAAUCCGCAAGCGGGUUCCACUGGCUUUCAAAGCCCGGUACCCAUCUGUGGUAAGCAUCAUCGAUUGUUUUGAAAUUGAGAUAGAGAAACCCUCUGCAGCUCUGCCACAGGCAACAUCAUGGUCCGAGUACAAAAAAUGCAACACCAUAAAGUUCCUAGUGUCUUGUACCCCAGACGGCUUGUGCAACUUUCUAUCACGAGGCGUAUCAGGUAGAACCUCAGACAUUGACAUCGUAACUAAAACAGGAUUUUUAGAGCUUCUCCCAUCAGGCUGCACCGUCCUUGCCGACCGUGGAUUCAAAGGAAUAGAAGGAGCACUGGCUUCAAAAAACUGCUGUCUCGUCCGGCCACCAAGUGUUGCUUGUGACGUUAGCCUCGAUCGCGCCGAUGUACUGAAGAUGCGCACAAUAGCCGGCCUACGCAUCCAUGUUGAACGCGUCAUUGGUCGCUUGAGAGUUUUCAAAGCGUUGGACAUUCACUCAAGGUUUCCACUGCAGAUGGUAGAUCUGCUGGAUGACGCGGUCGCCAUCGGGUGUGGCUUGAUUAACCUCCAGGAAAAAAUUGUGAAAGUAUAAGUCAAAGAGUCAGUGUGGUUAGACCGAAACAGGCUGACAUAGGCGGGCGGUUCUACGGUUUGUCGUUGGUGCGGGCUGUUGCACUAUGCACGCGUUUGUGAUCUUAUACUUGCACCGUCAGCGACUCGUCUCUCAGUCCAUAGGAUCCGUUGAUGGGCGAAAUGUGACUGUGCCUAUACAUACAAACGUUUGAGUUCUUCCUAACGAUUCGUGUGAAAAUGUACUCUGCGUUGUCGUUGGAGUAAUUAGGGGAUGCUACUGAACACUAUGUAAUGGA